CGUACGAUCUUCCCAAAUUUCCCGUCUCAGGGCUUCAUCUGCUGUCCGUGUGCAAGGCCGAGAGGGGGGCCAAUGGGGGAGGCGUGAAAGUGGCAGCCCUUCAAGAUAUGGUCCUGAUGAUCGAGCAGCCGGACAGACCUCUAACCCCGCUAUCAACACCGGAGCAAGUUGUAAAGUCCGCCAAACGCGUCGGGAAAGACUCCCGGAGCUUCCAGUCGACGUCUGAGGUGGACAAUGGCAGUGAGAAAAGGCAGCAGAGGAGCGGGCGGUCACCUGCCGACCUCCAGUCAUCUGUGGACACAGAGUCGGACUUCUCAGAGGCCAGGAGGAAGCCGCCCAUCAUGAGAUUUAAACCUGCUGAACAUCUUUCCCCGCUGCUGAGUCCGAGUGACUGUGAAAGGAAACUGGAAAGAAAGAAAUCCCAACCCAGCCAGUUAUCGAAGACAAACGCCCAGUAUCACAAGUUAUUUAAGGAAGUCAGCAAAGACGAGCUGCUCAAACAAAGUUACACUUGUGCUCUGCAGAAAGACAUUUUGUACCAGGGCAAAAUGUUUGUCUCUGAUAACUGGAUUUGCUUCCAUUCCAAAGUCUUUGGCAGAGAUACCAAGAUUGCGAUCCCAGUGAUCUCUGUGACACUUAUCAAAAAGACCAAAACCGCAAUCUUAGUACCAAAUGCUCUUGUGAUUGCAACUACAAGUGAGCGGCAUGUGUUUGUGUCGUUCCUUUCCCGAGACACCACCUACAAGCUUCUGAAAUCCAUCUGCAUUCACCUGGACGUGGACAAUACUGGGAGCAGCCCCAUAAUUUCCUCAUGUGAGAAUAGCUUCAGAGUGAACUGCCCGUCGUCUCUUCCCCUGGACUUCUCCGGAGACUUUUCCGACCUGGACGGUGUUGUGCACCAGAGGCGGCAGGACAUGAUGGAGAGCAGCAGCUCUGGAUCCCAGACUCCAGAUUAUGACAAAAUGGCUGACUUCCCUGGCCUCCCAGACACGUUCCUCAGCGCAGUGAAGACCGGAGAGGUUUCAGUCCAUGCAGACAUCCACCUCCAGAGUCCGAGCCAAAAACUCGGGGCCACCCUUCAGAACGGGUCAGCCAAGCCGAACCAGGGCGUAGCAGUCAAAGAAAAAUCCCUGCAGUCCAUGUCACUUCACACCAUUCUCCUAAUCUAUCUCUUCUUAGUAAGUGUUCUUGUCUUGUCCUCGUGUUACAUGGCUUUCAAGAUUGUGGCUCUCGAGCAGCGGCUCAACUCCUUGGUGUCCAUGGGCGAGUACGUACGGAACGAAAAUGUAGCGAACCUCAGAUCGCAGGACGAUUUCAACGCGGAGAUCUACGGGGAGCUGUCCACCAACCUGUUCAAGCUGGAAAAGAUUCAGAGGAGCCUUCGGAAGCUACUUGAAGAGACGUAAAAGAAGAUUUUGCUUGGCCGAGGUGGAAGCUGCUCCUCUUUUCAAAACUCUGCAGAUCAGAUAUCUGCCGCCAAGCUCUUUCAGAGAGAUUUCUUUACGAAAGUAUGCAAACUGUUCUUUAAAUUGUGCAAUAAUGGCUUCUUUUCCCUCUCCACUCAGGGCUGUUUUAAUCUAAUAUUGUGCUCGAGAGUAAAUCAAAGAAGAGAGUGCUAGAGUCCGCUGAUUUUAAGCUUAUGUGUAGUAUUUAUCUGAGAGGGUUUUGUGUGUUUUUUCAGGUAUUAGGUCCUAAGGACAUUGCUGUUUCAAUGUUUUCCAAACAUUUCAAAAAAGGUCAACUUGUGCUGUUCACAUGUUCUUUUGUUCAACAUGAAUUUAGAAAUGUUUAUAUAAUGUCUUUCAAUCACAGUAGUCAGAGAAAAUACCUACUGUAGGCUUACAGGCCAAGGCUCCAGCUGUAUAGAGAUCUGAACAAAGAAAAAAAGUUAAAAUCAUUUUCAAGUCAUGUUACAUGUCUUCUUAUUGAUUCAUGAUGUGGAUGUUUUUCUAAAAGCGAUAACAUAUUUAAUAACUUAUUUGGAUGAAAGAAAUAUUGAAAACAAAGGCUCCCGCACACUGUCCGUUAAAUUUUAAGAGCAAUAAUAGUGUAUUAGAGUAUUUUGGUAGAGAUCUUCAGAUCUUCCUCAGCUUCCCUUCCCGUGGUGUUUUGUAUGUGCGUGUGUGUUGGGUGUGUUGUUAACCCUGUGGUUUGCAAAUUAUGAAAAACAUGUGUGGGAGACUGUUUCCAGACAUGCUGAUGAAGAGUUGGUAAAGGUGGGACUUGA